AGUGUCCCUCUUUAACCAAUAUCCAUCAAACUGCCGAUUAUUAAGUCACAGGUUCCACGGCAUCCACUCUCCUCUUUGGGCGCAUUACUCGGAGUGUGCGCGCAGCUGUGCUCGGGGCGCUGUGAGGCGGAGAAGGGCAACGCGCAGCUAGAGCGCGCAUUACGGUAAAAUCAAGGACCAGCGCCUGUAGUCGCAGCUCAGCCCGAGCAGCAUCCCGUUCAACUGGAGCCAUUACCCGUGACCAUCAUGGCCAAGGAGCGGCCAGAGAAAGCAGAGGAGACGGAGCAAAUGAUAGAGAAAGAACUGGGGAAGGAGGCGGCGGAGGGAGGAGGAGCCGGGGAUGGCAGAGACAUGAGAGCCGUGUUACUCUCCGGCUUUGGUGGGCUCAACAAGCUGCGGGUGGCCCGGAAAGUGAUGCCUGAAGCACAGGAGGGAGAGCUGAAGAUCCGAGUCAAAGCCUGUGGUCUAAACUUCAUUGAUUUGAUGGUCCGACAAGGAAAUAUUGACAAUCCUCCAAAAACACCACUGGUACCUGGUUUUGAGCUUUCUGGGAUUGUUGAAGCUAUCGGAGGAAAUGUUACCGGCUUUGAGAUAGGUGACCGAGUUAUGGCUUUUACCAACUACAAUGCAUGGGCAGAGGUUGCGUGCACACCCGCAGAGUUUGUCUACAAGAUCCCUGACGACAUGAGCUUCUCUGAAGCCGCCUCUCUUCCUAUGAACUUUGUCACAGCCUACAUGAUGCUGUUUGAAGUGGCCAAUCUCAGAGAAGGAAUGUCUGUUCUGGUCCAUUCUGCUGGUGGCGGAGUGGGACAAGCAGUGGCACAGCUCUGUUCCACAAUUCCAAAUGUUACAGUUUUUGGAACUGCUUCAUCCUUCAAACAUGAAGCUAUUAAGAAUUCUCUCACUCAUCUUUUUGACAGAAAUGCAGAUUAUGUCCAAGAAGUUAAAAGAAUAUCUCCUGAUGGAGUAGACAUUGUUCUAGACUGUUUAUGUGGUGAAAACACUGGAAAAGGCAUUGGUCUACUUAAACCACUGGGAACAUAUAUAUUAUAUGGCUCAUCCAAUAUGGUUACUGGAGAAACUAAAAGCUUCUUCAGCUUUGCUAAAUCGUGGUGGCAAGUGGAAAAAGUGAAUCCCAUCAAGUUGUAUGAAGAAAAUAAAGUAAUGGCUGGCUUUUCACUCCUAAACCUGCUAUUCAAACAAGGUCAUGCUGGAGUUAUAAAGGGGGUGGUAGAUAAACUUCUUGCACUGUAUAACCAGAAGAAAAUCAAGCCUUUGGUUGAUUCAUUAUGGGCCUUGGAAGAGGUAAAGGAAGCUAUGCAGAGAAUCCAUGAUAGAGGGAAUAUUGGAAAACUUAUCCUGGAUGUUGAAAAAGCACCAACCCCUUUGAUGGCCAAUGACAGCACCGAAACCAGUGAAGCAGGGGAAGAAGAAGAAGACCAUGAAGGAGACACUGAGAACAAGGAACGCAUGCCUUUCAUUCAGUGAAUAUAUCCUGAGAAAGUCUGAUGAAAAAUCUGGAAACUCUACUCUGUGCAUCAUUGAACAAACCUGCUGUAGUACAGUGUGUGUUGUAUUUGUCUGCAGUCAGCUGAGCUCUAAGCUGUUGAACAAUGUUGUUUUUGAUGUGGCAGUAAAUGUCUAGUUGGCAGCCUUUAGUGGGGCUGGCAUAGCAUGGAAUAGGCUUAACACUCACUGGAUUUUUAAAUCCUCUGCAGCCAAAGGCCUGAGAACCAAAUUAUUCAAACAGUUAAUCAGAAAAUUCCAGAGGUUUAGCCAUAGUGGAAGCAAAAACCAAUGGCUGCCACGGAUGGCUUACAUUCCAACUAAAUGUUGCCAAGAAGCAGAACUGCCAUUAUUACUAAGUGCCAAUCCUUGUUCAGUAUUACUGUGUUUCAUAGUGUGACCAAAAGCCACCCAUUCCACCCACUUCAUAUCCCAAAUGAGUUAACCACUUCAGGACUUCAGGAAAAAAAAUUGUGUCUGAAAAUUCUGAAUUUGAUUAAUCAAUUAGAGCCUUACCACAUUUUUAUUCUAAUUGGAUUAUUACAUUUUGUAAUCCAUCAUUCCACAGGAACCAAGGAGAAUGAGUGUUAAUUUGUUUUACCAAUUUCAGUAUCCUUGUUAUAACUAAGAACAUAAAUCAAACAUUUGGGGCAUUUUUGUACCAACUGUCCACUGUUUCCACAUGAGAAAAUACCUCAUUUAAUAGAAUUAGCAAGGGGCAGGGUUAUUCCACAGCAUUAUUAAUUUAGCAUCAACACUGGUUCAGCUUGAAUUACAUUAAUCAGGGACUUAAUAAAACCAGUGGUAUUUUUCUGCUCCUUAUUAUCCUAGAUAAGAAAGUACUGGAUAAGAGAGGAAAUCAUAAACAAUACAAUAUUAAUGUGUGGGGCAAAUCACCUAAAUAAAACACACUAAAAUUAUGAAUGCUAAGGACAAUUGAAACACCAUGGGGCACAUUUACUAAGCUCGAGUUAAGGAUUCAAAGUAAAAAAAACUUCGAAUUUCGAAGGUUUUUUUUGGGUACUUCGACCUUCGAC